CAACCCAGGCAUGUGCUCUUGACCAGGAAUUGAACCCGAGACCCUUGGGUGCGUCCGCCAGCCAGCGCGUGUGAGAGGCCUGUUUCUUUUACAUAAAGUGGUUCGUAUCUGAAUCGCCUCUGAGUAAAAGUCCCAGCUUAAGGAAACCAGUAAGAAUCAAGAGCUGGUGACAAGCACGUGAAAGGCUCCCUCUGAUCAUUCAGAAAAGAGAAACACAUUCUCUCCAGAGAAAAGACGGAGGAAAGCUCAGGGCUGCUGUGGGGGCGGAGCCAGCCUGAACCCCCACAGCCCAGCCGCGCGGAGUCCACCGGGUCCUGCUCCAGUCAGGCCCCGUGAGCGAGGAGUGAACGAAGGAACAGAAUCCCGGCCCGGACAGCAUGCGGUGCCCCAUCAGACAUCGCUUCUUCACCUUCCUGGCCAUCGGGCCCCUGUGGCUCUUCAUCAUUGUGAAAGUCCCCAAGGAGAUUGAAAACGACCAGAAUGUGGAGGAGACGCGUGGUUUGAUGCCCCAGGACAGUUACAGCAGGAGGAAGGACCCACGACCGUCAGACGACUGGGAAGACCUCACCUUCAAAUACAUGAAGAAAAGUCAGCAAAGAAGAAAGACGUGGCUGGCGGUGGGCAUCUCCUUCGUGCCAGGGGAGGGCCAGAAAAACCUCUUGCACACACUGGCCUCCCUGUUCCGCGCCUCCUCCAAGGGGGAGCAGAAGCACCUCACGGUGCUGGUCCACCUGGCGGACUCUGACUUCACCAGGCUCAGAAAAACCGUCGAACAGAUUGCAGGCCUCUUCAGCCCACAGAUCUUGGCAGGAAAGCUGGUCCUGAUCCACACUCCCUCGGACGCCUACCCCACCGCGGGCGAAUUCAGAGACGAGGCCGACGGCGGGAACUUCUACUCCAAGCAGAACGUGGACCACGCCUUCCUCAUGAGCGUUGCCGCGAAGCUCUCCGACUACUUCCUGCUGCUGGACCACCACGUCUUCUGUGCCCCUGGCUUCAUCACCCACAUCCGUCGGAAGGUGGAAGCCAUGGGCUCCCACCCAUGGGUGCUGCUGGAGUUCUCGAACUUGGGCUUGCUGGGCAAGCUCUUCCGCAGCAGGGACCUCCCACUGCUGGCCCACUUCCUCCUCUUGUUCUCCAGGAACAAGCCCCUCGACAGGCUGAUCCCUCAUUUCCGCACCCUCCUGGCCCAGAAGAGCCCCCUCCUGUGCAGGCCCUUCCUCUUCUACCAUCGGCUCUCCUACUACACCGUCCACCACAGCCACAAGGCCAGGGCAGCUUGGAGCAAGGACCCCUUUAUUCCCGACAACCCGCCUGGCGCCGUUUUCACGGACAUGCAGGUGUUCGACGUCCAUUUCCCCUGGGAGGCCUACACUCUGGACGAGUCUUUCUUCUGGACCUACAACGCUAGUGCAGGGAGCCACCUGACGGUCAUUCUGAACCACCCGGCCAACCUGAGCCGCGUGCAGGUGCUGACAGGCACCGUCAUGGAGGGAAAGUUCGCCCUGGAGAAGGGGCGGGUGGAGCUGGGCUACGAGCCCCAGGGGGUGCCCCAGUACUGCAGCAGCUACUCCGCGCUGGGCGGUCUCCUGCAGGGGCAGCUGGACCAGGAGCUGGGUGUGGAGGGAGGCAUGGGGCACGAGGUGAGCUGCGUGAAGCUGGUGGUGGCUGCUGAUCAGGCGGGCGGGCUCCUGGUCAGGCACAUUUACCUCUGGGAGCAAAGCUAG